AAUUGCAGUGGUAUAUAUAGAUAAGAGUGAAGAAAAUGAAGCUACAGUAGUGUUAUUUUAGGUUCUGCUUCGUUCCUCCAUAGGGUCAUGGAGAGCUUCAAGGGAGACGACGAAACAGAGAAAAAUCUUGCAGUAGCUCUCCUACAACCAGAACAGGCGGUUAUUCAUGCAGAACAACGACACGGCCAAUCGUACGAGGAACAAAGUUUCGGUAACAAACUCUGGGUCGAAACGAAGAAGCUAUGGGUAAUUGUGGGGCCCUCCAUCUUCAGCCGCCUGGCCUCGUUCAACAUGAACGUUAUCACCCAAGCCUUCGCCGGUCACUUGGGUGAGGUGGAACUCGCCGCCAUUUCUAUAGCGAACACCGUCAUCGUCGGCUUCAAUUUCGGCCUCCUGCUGGGGAUGGCGAGUGCGUUGGAGACACUGUGCGGGCAAGCGUAUGGCGCGAAGAGAUACCACAUGUUGGGAAUAUACAUGCAGAGGUCAUGGAUUGUUCUCUUCUUGUGCUGUUUCCUGCUGUUGCCGUUUUACAUAUUCGCGACGCCGCUUCUGAAGUUUCUGGGACAGCCGGAUGAUGUGGCAGAGUGGAGCGGCGUGGUGGCGGUGUGGCUGAUUCCUCUGCACUUCAGUUUCGCGUUUCAGUUUCCUCUGCAGAGGUUCCUCCAGUGCCAGCUGAAGACGGCGGUUAUUGCGUGGGUAUCCCUGGCGGGUUUGGUGGUGAAUGCGGUAACCAGUUGGCUCUUGGUGUAUGUGUGGGAUUUUGGACUUUAUGGUGCAGCUAUUUCUUUGGACAUAUCAUGGUGGGUUUUGGUUUUUGGCAUGUAUGCUUACGCUGCCUAUGGUGGUUGCCCUUUAACUUGGAAAGGUUUCUCAGUUGAAGCCUUUUCUGGACUCUGGGAAUUCCUCAAACUCUCUUCUGCUUCUGGGGUCAUGUUAUGCUUGGAAAAUUGGUACUACAGAAUACUCGUUCUUAUGACUGGCCAGUUGGAGAAUGCCACCAUAGCCGUUGAUGCCUUGUCUAUAUGUAUGACCAUUAAUGGGUGGGAGAUGAUGAUUCCCCUGGCUUUUUUCGCCGGUACAGGAUAUCAUCAGAUUCCACGUAACUUAAAGGAAACAAGAGUAAGGGUGGCAAACGAGCUAGGUGCAGGGAAUGGAAAAGGAGCAAAAUUUGCAACGCUAGUGUCAGUGACAGAAUCAAUAGUGAUUGGGGUUGUGUUCUGCGUUCUGAUAAUGAUGUUUCAUGACUAUUUGGCUUACAUAUUCACCACCAGCUCUUCGGUGCUACAAGCCGUUGACGACAUGUCAUUCCUCUUGGCCAUAACCAUUCUUCUCAAUAGUGUUCAGCCAAUUUUGUCAGGAGUGGCUGUUGGUUCGGGAUGGCAAGCAUAUGUAGCAUACAUAAAUAUAGGAAGCUAUUACCUCAUCGGUCUCCCACUCGGAAUUAUCAUGGGAUGGGUCUUCAAAACUGGUGUUGCUGGUAUAUGGACUGGCAUGAUCUUCGGUGGCACAGCACUUCAAACAUUGAUACUCAUCAUAGUAACCAUACGAUGUGAUUGGGAAAAGGAGGCGGAGAAAGCUCGGUUUAGCGUGAAUAAGUGGUCAAGAUCUAAUUCCAAUGGCGCACUGCAAAUUCCCAAUUAACAUUCCAUUUUAUUUAAAUAAGUUGCACAGAAAAAAAAAUUAAAUAUAUUAUCAUACAAUACAAUACUGGUUAUCAUGAUUUUCAAUCUAUAUUCAAAGUUUUAAUUUACUA